AUGGGAAACAAGGAUUUGUACCAUGAAGUCAAACAGCUGGUACUUAUACAAAGAUCUCAUCUCAGAGGCCAUGAGUUCCAAGGCAGGGGAAACUGGCACCUUGGGGUGCUACAGGAGCGAGGAAUUCUGAUUAAUAUCAGAGACUUAUUUGGCCCAGGGCCUCACACGGUCAUACUGCAUGGGGAUGCUGGCGUUGGGAAGCCUACACUGGCUAGACAGGUGAGGAGGGCCUGGGAGGAAGGCCAGCUGUACAGGGACCGCUUCCAGCACGUCUUCUACUUCAACUGCAGUCAACUGAGCCUGGCAAAGACAAUGAGUCUCACUGAACUCAUCACAGAAGUCGGGGCUGCCCCUGAGGCUGCCAUUGGCCAGAUACUAUCUCAGCUAGAGAAACUGCUCUUCAUCCUUGAAGGUUUGGAUGAGCCACAAUGGGACGUAUUGAAGCAAAAGCAUGACCUCUACUUGCAGCAGAGCCAGAAGCAACCACUGUGCCCACUACUGAGCAGGUUGCUGAGUAAAACCAUAGUUCCAGAGGCAUCCUUGCUGAUCCCAGCUAGAACCAGAGCUCUAGAGAAAUUCAUCCCUUUUUUGGAGCACCCACAAUGGGUGGAGGUGCUGGGGUUCUCCGAGUCUGGCAGGAAGGAAUAUUUCUGCAAAUAUUUCACAGAUGAAGGCCAAGCAGGUAGAGCCCUGAGCUUGGCUGAGUCAAACCGCGCGCUCUGGGCCAUGUGUCUGGUGCCCUGGGUGUCCUGGCUGGUCUGCACGUGCCUGAGGCAGCAGAUGGAGCAGGGGCGAGAGCUCUCGCUGACGCCCCAGACCACCACGGCCCUCAAUCUGCAGUACCUUUCCCAGGCCCUGCCCGCUGAGCCCCUGGGGACCCAGCUGAGGGGCUUGUACUCUCUGGCUGCUGAGGGCAUCUGGGAUAGAAAGACCCUCUUCAAGAGGGAAGACCUCAGGUAGCAUGGCAUAGAAAGCACCGUGGUCUCCAGUCUCCAGAAGAUGGGGAUUCUCCGACCCUAUCCCCCCACUCUGAGCUACAGCUUCAUUCAUCUGUGUUUCCAGCAGUUCUUUGCUGCAAUGUCCGGUGUGCUGGGGUGUAGGAAGGAGGGAAGUGGUCAUCCUAAAAGCACUGUAGAUAUAGGAGAGCAGCUAAUAGAACAUUGCGGGCAUGUCUUCGGGGCACCAACUAUGCAUUUUGUAUUGGGCCUUUUGAGUGAGCAGGGCAUGAGAGAGAUGGAGCGCAUCUUCCGCUGCACACUGUGUUGGGAGAGGAGGCAGGAACUCCUGGAAUGGACCCAGGAAGAGGUGUGGCAAAAGUAUUUCUCCCCACAGCUAUGCUCCCUACCGUUGUUUCGCUGUUUAUAUGAGAUUCAGGAUGAGGUUUUCCUGACACAAGCAAUGGUCCAUUUCCGAGAAAGAGACAUGUGUGCUGCAACUGACAUGGAGCUCCCGGUGUUCACUUUCUGCAUUAAAUUCUGCCACCGUGUGCAGUGGCUUCAACUGAAAGGGGCUUCAACUGAAAGAGGACAGCAUAAACAGGUGUGGAAUCGCCACAAUGCCUCUUGGAAGAUUCUCUUCUCCAUUCCCGGGGUCACUGGGAGCCUAACGGAGCUGGACCUCAGUGGAAACUUCCUGAGCCCCUCUGCAGUGCAGAGUCUUUGUGAGGCCCUGAGGUGCCCCCGCUGCACUCUGGAGACCCUGCGGCUGGUGCGCUGUGGCCUCACCUCCAGCAGCUGCCAGGACCUGGUCUCCGCGCUCAGCACCAGCCCCCGCCUGACAGAGCUGGAGCUGAGGCAGAACGACCUGGGCGACCCCGGGGUGAGGCUGCUCUGUGAGGGGCUCAGGCAGCUUUCCUGCCAGCUCAGGCUCCUGGGGCUGGACCAGGCCGGGCUGAGUGAGGAGGUGACAGGGAUGCUGAGGGCCCUGGAGGAAGAGAAGCCACAGCUGCACAUCUAUGACAGGAGGAAGCCAAGUGUGACGACCCCUGAGGAGAAGCCCAGAGGAGGAGAGAUGAGUGAUAACACACCCGCCCUCGAGCGGCAAGGACCAGAAUCAGCCAAGCUUGGGCUACAGAAGAGCAGACAAGAGAUCCUUGCACUGACCACUGCCAUGCCUGUUCCAGAGGGAAGCCCCAGUCAAGUAGCACGAGUGGAACCCACCUGUCUGUCUUCCCCUGCCCCUCUGGGGGAUCUGCACAUGGAGCCUCUGAUGACCAAAGAUGAGUUCUGGGGCCCCACAGGGCAUGUUGCUAUCAAGGUGAUUGACUGUGAAAGGAGCCUGUACCGAGUUCGCAUCCCCACGGCUGGCUCCUACCACUGGCCCAACACAGGUCUCCACUUUGUGGUGAGAAGGGCAGUGACCAUCGAGAUUGAAUUCUGUUCCUGGGACCCAUUCCUGGGCAUGAUUGUCCCCCAGGACAAUUGGAUGGUGGCAGGCCCUCUGCUUGACAUCAAGGCCGAGCCAGGAGCUGUGGCAGCUGUGUACCUGCCUCACUUUGUGUCCCUCCAAGGCAACCAUGUGGACACAUCCCAGUUCCAUGUGGCCCACUUCAAAGAGGAGGAGAUGCUGCUGGAGGAGCCAGCAAGGGUGGAGGCAUCUUACAUAGUCCUGGAGAACCCCAGCUUCUCCCCCAUGGGAGUUCUACUGAGAAUAUUCCCAGUUACAAGGAAUUUCAUUCCCAUUAUCUCCACCGUGAUGCUCUACCAUCACCUCCGUCCUGGUGAAGUCAACUUCCAUCUCUACCUGAUCCCAAAUGACUGCUCCAUUCAGAAGGCCUUAGAUGAUAAAGAAAAGCAGUUCCAGUUUGUGCAAAUACACAAGCCGCCCCCUCUGACCCCCCUCUAUGUGGGCUCCCGCUUCACCGUGUCUGGUUCAGAGGAGAUGGAGAUAAUGCCCCAGGAACUGGAGCUCUGCUACCGGAGCCCCGGGAAGUCCCAGCUCUUCAGUGAGAUCUCCGUUGGACAGUCGGAGUCAGGGAUCCAGCUGCAAAUAAAGAACAAGAAAGAUGGGACUGUGGUGUGGGAGGCCUUGGUGAGACCAGGAGACCUCAGACCUGCACCCCCAUUGGAUCCUCCAGCACCGCCAGGCACACCAAGGUCAGCAUACUUCCUGGACCGGUAUCGAGAACAGCUGGUGACUCGAGUGACAUCAGUGGACCCCAUCCUGGACAGGCUGCAUGGGCAGGUGCUGAGUGAUGAGCAGUAUGAGACCAUCAGGGCUAAGGCCACCCCACAGGGCCAGAUGCGGAAGCUGUUCAGCUUCCUCAGGUCCUGUGACCAGGCCUGCAAAGAUCUCCUCUACCAGGCCCUGAAGGACAACCAGCCUUACCUAAUUAUGGAUUUCUUGGAGAAGGGGGACAGUGGAGGACACUGAGGGGCUCCUGACCAGCUGGGCAGGUGACUUCUGCACACCUGAGUCCUGGCUCUCCUGGUCACUCUUGAGUCUCAGUUUCUUCUUCUUUAAGCAAGUGGCAUCUGAGAUGUGUUCUCGCUGUGAAGUUAUCAACUCUGAAGACCCCUCACUGGGCAGUGAUGUCCAUGCCCAGGUAUGCCACUCUGCUGUCCCCAGACUUUCACAGGCUGCUGCCCAGGUGGGUGACAGCAUUUCAAGAAUGACCUGCUGGAACUGGGCUUGAGCACCUGGCAAGAUGUCCCCCAGAGCCUGUGUGGUGUAGAUCCUCCCUGGGCAGAAGGGAUAGGGCCAUGGCACUGGCCACUCUGGCUUAGACAAUGAAAUUGAGUACCUUUGGGGUGGGGAGUGUUGAAUGGUUUUCAUGGGUCCAAAAUCUAGAUUUUUUACUUGUACAUGUUGAGCUUGUAUUUUCUGUAUGUUCUGUUUUCUGUGCUGUGACUGGAGUCUAGGUGGGUCCCGGACCCAGGACACAGUGAGGCAGAGCCACAGGGGAUGGAGCAAGGUCCUAGUUUAGAUGUCUUCUCCUAUGGCGACACGUCCUGAUCCGGGCCAGGCCCCACUCUCCCGAGCCCCUGAGGCACCUGUGUCACUCACUACCCAAGCGUCAGCAUGUGCCCUUGUCCCUCCUGCUUCACUGCUGGUCCCUCCUGCUUCACUGCUGGUCUCUAAGUAGUAGUCACAAACAUUCCAGGGACCACCCAUGCUCAAUGACCCUCCAUUCUGUUACAGAUUCUGGUGGGUCUUUUCUGGCUGCCACCAAUUAAUGCCCCACAAGUUUUGAAUAAGACAAUAAUAGGCUUCAAGCUCAAGGUGCUUGGUGUGGAUAUACAAUGGGGAGAGGCAGCAACUGCCCUGGGUGUCCUCUCAACCAGGGAUGACAGGGGGCCUGGUUUUGUGGGAUUGACCACCAGGGUGGGCAGCAGGGAGCAGACCCUAGAAUUUCAGGCUGUGCUUGGGAGGGCAUGUGCAGACAGGUGAC